AAGCAGUCAGUCAGUUGUAGUCUUUAGUUCUUUAAGAAUUGUAACAUUUCCUAACUGGAAUUCGAAUUGUUCGUUUACGGAAAAAGGGGCAAAAAAAGAAAACACAAAGAAUUGCAACAACAAAAAACUAGCAACAAUAACAUUAUUGUUCACCCGUAUUCCCCCUCGUUACCCGUCACCCACCUACAAAUGUUUAAUUAAAUAAUAGUGAAAUUGUGAAAAAAAAGCUAAGAAAUAAUUAAAAAUUCUAACGAAGAAGCCUUUUUAGAUUCCCGGUUGUUAAAGACGCCUUUGAAAGUGAGGGAGAGUGAAGAGAGAGGAAAACGAGGAAGAAAAGAGAAAUGCAAACGCUUGCUAUGCAAUUAAAAAUGUAAUAACAAUUUAUAUAUAAAUCAGUGUGGAAAAUUAGUUGUGUUACAAUGUGUGUAGCUGUUGUUGCUGCUGCUGCUGAGGCUAACCGUGACCAAAUCUCUGGCUGAUGUUGAUGCUGUUGCUGUGAGUGCGUCGGUGGCGGCUAUAUUGGAUGCUUGGUGUGGACAAGAUUUCCGCCUUCCCCAACACCAACUGUAUUACGCAUACUCUUGUUCUUCCACACACACACACACACAUACACAGCACAAUAGCAAGAAGAAGCAGAAGAACUACAACUACUGUAUGUGUGUAUGUGGCUAUAUGUGGGUGUGUGUUUGUGUUCCAGUUGAGAUGAAGUAAUCCUGAUAUUGACCCACAUAUUAUAUUGCCAGUCCCCCAAUUGCCACCUUGUUGUUGGACAUCUCUAACCCUUUUCCGCACACACACACAGACACAGACACAACUACAACAAUAACAAAUACGGCUCCCCAAUGACUAAAAAGCGGGUGCGGAAGAAUGUGUGAUGCAACCCAGCUGAGGCAAUUAUUCAAGCAACAGUAGAUAAUGUAAAUUGACCGGAACACCACAGUCACAGCCACAGUCACACCAAGAACAACAAAACAAACAGCAACAACAACAAGAAUAAUAAACAUCAUCAUUUAUCCUUGGCAAAAACAAUGAACAACACAAAGUGGCCAUCAAAAGAAAAUAAUUUAACCUCAAAUUAUUACAGCAACGCCCGCCUCCAUUCCCAGUCGGCCGCCAAGGCAAUCACGUCAAGGAGUCACAUGGACCGAGGAAGUUGUAUAAAGUAGAAAAAAAGCGAGAGGAGAGUAGAACCAACCCCACCAAAAUCACCGAAUCAAUCAAUCAACCAAUUUACAAAACUCUAGAAUAAAUUUAUCUCCAGAAAAAAAAAAAAAAACAAAAAUAUUGAAAAAUAGAAAAAAUAUUGAAAAUUUUCAAAAUUCUAAAAACAAAAUGGCCUCGGAAUAUGGUUUUUGGUUAAUUUGUUGUUUGUUUAGUAUUUUGUUGCUGUAUUGCCUUUUCGAACUACACUACUUCCUACGUAUGUGCCUGUGUGUGUUUCUGGCUCGCUUUGUCAAAAGAAAAUGUCAUAUCCUCGAAACGACAACGGUUUCCGGUAUCUGCUUGACGAAUGACAUCGAUACAUUGUUGUAUCACAUGAAUAAUGCACGAUAUUUAAGAGAGCUGGAUUUCGCGCGAGUCGAUUUCUAUGAACGCACCAAUUUAUAUCGUACAAUUGUGGCCAAGGGUGGUUCCGUAUUUCAGGGAGCGGCGACGAUAAGAUAUAGGCGAUUUAUAAGACCCUUUCGGAGAUUUAAAAUUGCUUCCAGGAUAAUCUAUUGGGAUGAUCAAUCUGUGUUUAUGGAACAUCGUUUCAUCCGGCCCUCGGAUCAAUUUAUACACUGUAUUGCGAUAUGUCGUCAACGAAUUGUCGACUGUUCGGCGGAGGAUGUCAUGAAUGAAUUACUUUCACCGAAAACAGCCCAGCUACAGGCAUCGCGAAAUACUCUCAGUUCUACUGUCACCCUCGAUCAUGCCAUAGCCAGUACAAAUGUUGAUCAGGAUAUGGCCGAAAACGGUCAGGUGCACACCAAAAUGAAACCAGAUAUGCCUCCAGAAAUCCAAAAGUGGAUCGAAUACAAUGAUUUGUCGAGUAAGAACUUGAGACCGACUUGCUGAUUGCCAGAGUGGUGUGACAGUGGGCCUUUCUAGUUUUACAAUCAAUCCAGCUGCAGCGGAUCAAAAUGUGAAU